AUGAUAGGAAUUCUCCUUUCUGCGCUAGUUUUCUUGAACCCUUCACUAUCUGAUUCUCCUGAUGAAAUCGCUAUGAUGCAAGGGGAUGUUCAUCUUGGAGGGCUAUUCGAAAUAUAUGGUGAUAAGGAAUGUAAAAAUGAAAUACAAGCAAUGUCCGUUCGAAACUUUGAGGCUGUAAAAUGGACACUUAAGAAAUUAAAUGAGGCUAAUUAUAUUCCUGGAAUAAAACUUGGUAUAGAAGGAUACCCUACAUGCAAUGUUCACGGAAGAGCUUUAGAGCAUACAACACGAAUGAUAAAUAGAAAAUUUCAUGACACGAUGGAUUCCAAUACUCCCCCGAUUAUAGGCUUGGUUGGUCCAGAAUAUAGCCACGAGGCGGUGGACACGUCGUCAUACAUUAGUGCUUUGGAGGAAAACAGCUUAAUUCUACAAACACUUUUUUCAACAACCGCCUCAACUCUUAGUGAUGGGAAUAAAUAUCAAAAUAUCCUAAGGGUCAUUCCUGAUGACACCAAACAAAUAUCGACAAUUAUUUCUCUCAUGGAAAGACUUGACUGGAACUAUGUUGGUGUCAUAUACGAAAAUAAUACCUAUGGAGUAGGGAAUUUUCAAGAAUUUGUCAGUCAGACUAAAGCAAAGAAGAUAUGCAUUGCGUAUUCGUCAUCAAUUUCGAUGGAAAAUGGUCUAGUAAAAUCCAAAGAACUACAGGAGGUUAUAAAUUCUGUGAUUAAUCAUGCUGAAAGUUCAAUAACAGGGGUAAUUGUAUUUGCUUCCACCAAAACUGUAAAAGUAUUUCUUAAUGUUGCCGACAAACUCAGAAAUCAAUACGAGUUUCAACUUGGACUGAUUUUCUCGGAAGGGUCAUCUAAUAUGGACUUAAAAACUUUAGAACAGUAUGAUGUAGCUAGGGGCUCUUUCUUUACUACCCCUCCUUUGUUAUCUUUCGACAGUUUUAAAGCUCACUGGUCGAAUGUUCUGAUUAAUAAAACUAUUUUCAAUCAGGAAGUAUCAUCUAAUCCCUGGUUGAACAAGCUUAUUACGAAUUUUGUUUCUUGUAAUAUUCAAAACCCUUCCUGUUUAAUGCCGACCGUAUCAGACGUGGAUUCUGUUACUGGUGACAAUGUGUUUGAAGGUUACGCAAUCAUAUCUACAAUAUUACACGCCAAAAUUCUCAAAGACCUCCACAGAGAAAUUUGUGAAGGAGUAAAUGGGUUGUGCUCCAAUCUUAACAGCACUCUCCGGGACAAUACUUAUAAACUCGUAGUAUUGGGUAGAGAGACAAACGUCAGCUUACAGGAAGAUAUUCCUGGUGAUCUACGAAAAGACUUGGAACUAACGUUCAAAGGAAAUCCUGAUGCUAAUAUUUUAGGAAAUCUACCUGAAUAUGAAGUUCUUCAUUAUCGACUUUGCCCACAAGAACGUCAAAAAAUGUGCUUAAAGGAAGUUGGAAAGUACAGCAAAUCAGCAUUAGAUUUAAACACAGAGAAUUCGAAUGGUUUGGCAUGGCCUGAUAUUACAAAAGCACAGUGCGAUAUUAAUAAAAUAUGUGAGUCAUGUCGGAAUACUAAUUUGAUGAAUGAAAUAAUUUUUAAAGAAGGCGAUUUUUAUGUUGGAGCAGUUGUUCCAGUAUUUGAUAAAAACACCAAUGAUCCUAUGAAGUGUGGAACUAUUCGUAAAGCCAAUGGAUGGGAGGUUGUAGAAGGAAUUAGGUUUGCAAUAGAUACAGUGAAUGAAAGACUGGGUAGCUUUGCAAAUAUGUUUGGAAAUAAAGAAAUUGGAUACGUUAUUUUCAAUAGUUGUAACCAACCUCUUCUAAUUCAGGAAAAACUUUUAAGGUUUUUUAGAAAGGGGAUGCGUUUAUCUAAUGGAUCACAUAGUUUGGACAUUGCAAAUAACCUUCUUGGGUUUGUUGCUGCAUAUGGUAGCAGCAUCAGUAUAGCAACAGCUAAUGUGCUUCAAGAGCUAAAUCUUCCUCAGAUCAGUUACGCCUCCACCGCUGAUGUGUUAAGUGACAAUUCUACCUACAAAUAUUUCUUGCGUACGUGCACUCCUGAUGAAAAACAAGCUUUCGCGAUGAUUAGCAUUGUAAAAACACUUAAUUCUUCGUACAUCCAAAUAAUAUACAGUGAAGGAACCUACGGCGAAGGAGGAAGAAAUGCAAUUGAACGUGCAGCCAAAGAUAAAAAGAUAUGCAUUGCAAAUGAAAUCAAAGUGAUAGAAAAUCAAUAUAAAAAGAUUCGUGAUGAUCUUAACAAAACUCCGUAUGCUACUGUCGUCCUCUUGUUUUUAAAAAGUCAUGUUGUACAGAAAGUUAUGGCCGAGCUACAUGAUACAAUAAAUCCUUGGUCAUAUCUUUUUAUAGGUUCCGAGGCAUUUGGAAAACAAGAAGACAUAAUUUCUGGUAAACACAAGCUAGAAGGAACCAUUACUUUGUCUCUCCAAAUGGAACCUGUAACUGGGAAAUCUAAAUUUGAGAAAUAUUUGUACGAUAGACUUGCUGAUGUUGAUAAUGAUUUAAACCCUUGGACAAAAGAAUACUUUGAACAGAGAAAUGAUUGUUUCCUGUCUGGUAGCUUUAACAAACUCUCUGCUUCUCAGUGUGCUGACAUUAAAGAAGAAUUUGACAACAAAGACUACAAACCAGAAAUAUGGACUGCCUUUGCUAUCAAUGCGAUGUUUUCUCUUCUACAAGGAACAAAUAAGUCUUUUGCUGAACUUUGUGGCAGCCAGUCUUCUACGUUAUGUCAAAGGUAUCGGGAUUCUCCACAAAAGGUUUACAAUAUGAUUAGGAAAGAAGAACUCGUGAUUGAUGGCGGCAAAAGUCCGUCUAAAAUUAAAGUUUUUAACGAAAACGGUGAUGGUAAUAUAGGAUAUAAAAUAUAUCAAGUACAGAGGAAAACUACCGAUGCUACUCAACUGACAUUUGAGGAGAUUGGUCGAUACACUUUAGAUCAAAAUGGUUAUUCUAUACACAAAAAUAUGAUAAAAGAUCCAUUUGAGAGUUUGCCUUCCAAAUGUCCAAACCCUUUGGAGUGUACAAAAUGCAUUGAACGGAUCGGCAAUCCGGAUACUUCUACUCCUCUGGAUGGAGAAGACGCUUCUGUAACACCGGUAAUUCUGGGUGUGCUCUUUGGUGUAUCUGUUCUGGCCAUCGUUGUGGAGAGCACAAUAUUGCUUAGGGUUUUCCGUGGUACCACAAAAUCUUCAGAAGACGAUCCUUAUCUUCAACCACGGUUUCCUACUUCCUUAGAGAAAAUGACUUCUUCUGAAGUUGAUUACUCUGUCAAUCCAAGCGCAAUAGAAAAUGAACAUGAUUUCCAAAUGCAACCACAACAGCACGUACAGAAGACAUGUGCCGUUUGCCACGGUGAAAUAAAGGAUUUUCAAUGA